GCAGAGGCCAGUGGGAGGAAGUGGAGUCAGCGGGUGGCAGCGCGAUGCACCUGACUUGGGUCAUGAGAAGUCGAUCCUGGUUUCCAUAACCGCUGCACUCCCCGUCGCCCCAACAGGUCUCACUGCUGUAAGGAUGCCCGUCUUAAGGCACCCUCGAGGUUGGAGCUGCCCAUUGUCAGUCCUGCUGCUGCUGCUGCUGCUGCUGGGCACAGGCCGUGGACCAGGGGUGGAAGGUGUGACUCACUACAAGGCUGGCGACCCCGUCAUUCUCUAUGUCAACAAAGUGGGACCCUACCACAACCCGCAGGAGACUUACCACUACUAUCAGCUUCCAGUCUGUUCCCCUGAGAAGAUUCGUCAUAAAAGCCUUAGCCUAGGUGAAGUGCUGGACGGGGAUCGCAUGGCGGAGUCUUUGUACAAGAUCCGAUUUCGAGAGAAUGUGGAGAAGCGGAUUCUGUGCCAUCUGCAGCUCAGUUCUGCACAGGUAGAACAGCUGCGCCAGGCCAUUGAGGAACUCUACUACUUUGAAUUUGUGGUUGACGACCUGCCAAUCCGUGGCUUUGUGGGCUACAUGGAGGAGAGUGGCUUCCUGCCACACAGCCACAAGAUAGGACUCUGGACCCAUUUGGACUUCCACCUGGAAUUCCACAGGGAUCGAAUUAUAUUUGCCAAUGUCUCCGUGCGGGAUGUCAAGCCCCACAGCUUGGACGGGUUACGGACCGAUGAGUCCCUCGGCCUCACCCACACUUACAGUGUGCACUGGUCUGAGACCUCCGUGGAGCAUCGGAGUGACAGGCGCCGUGGGGAUGAUUCGGGCUUCUUUCCUCGGACACUGGAGAUCCACUGGCUGUCCGUCAUCAACUCCAUGGUGCUGGUGUUUCUGCUGGUGGGCUUUGUGGCGGUCAUUCUCAUGCGGGUGCUUCGUAACGAUCUGGCUCGGUACAACCUGGAUGAAGAGAACAGCUCUGGAGAUGACUUUGACCAGGGUGACAAUGGCUGGAAGAUUAUCCAUACAGAUGUCUUCCGCUUCCCACCGUACCGUGGCCUGCUCUGUGCGGUGCUUGGCGUGGGUGCCCAGUUCCUGGCCCUUGGCACUGGUAUUAUUGUCAUGGCGCUCCUGGGCAUGUUCAACGUGCACCGACACGGGGCCAUUAACUCAGCAGCCAUCUUGUUGUACGCCCUGACCUGUUGCAUCUCCGGCUACGUGUCCAGUCACUUCUACCGGCAGAUCGGAGGCGAGCGUUGGGUGUGGAACAUCAUUCUCACCACUAGCCUCUUCUCUGUGCCCUUCUUCCUGACGUGGAGUGUGGUGAACUCGGUGCACUGGGCCAAUGGUUCAACGCAGGCGCUGCCGGCCACCACCAUCCUGCUGCUGCUGACGGUGUGGCUGCUGGUGGGCUUUCCCCUCACGGUCAUUGGCGGCAUCUUUGGGAAGAACAACGCCAGCCCCUUUGAUGCACCUUGUCGCACCAAGAACAUCGCCCGAGAGAUCCCACCCCAGCCCUGGUACAAGUCUACUCUCAUCCACAUGACCGUGGGGGGCUUCCUGCCUUUCAGCGCCAUCUCCGUGGAGCUGUACUACAUCUUCGCCACGGUCUGGGGCCGGGAGCAGUACACGCUGUACGGCAUCCUCUUCUUUGUCUUCGCCAUCCUGCUGAGCGUGGGCGCCUGCAUCUCCAUUGCGCUCACCUACUUCCAGCUGUCCGGGGAAGAUUACCGCUGGUGGUGGCGGUCCGUGCUGAGCGUGGGCUCCACCGGACUCUUCAUCUUCCUCUACUCCGUUUUCUACUACGCCCGUCGCUCCAACAUGUCGGGCGCGGUGCAGACAGUCGAGUUCUUCGGCUACUCCUUGCUCACCGGUUACGUCUUCUUCCUCAUGCUGGGCACCAUCUCGUUUUUUUCGUCCCUGAAGUUCAUCCGUUAUAUCUACGUGAACCUGAAGAUGGACUGAGUUCCGAGUGCUACACUACUGCUCUGCAGCCCUUUCUUCCAGACCCACUGGUCUCCCGCCAGCUGCCUCCACCGAGGGGCGGCAUUGUGUGAUGCCAUUGUCGCCUUUCCUCCUCCCUAGAGAGGGCCUGCAAAUAAGAAGUCUAUUAUUUGAGGAGAUACUUGGACUUUUAAGUUGCCAUUAGUUUCGGUCCCAAUUUUUCUUUUUACAUAUAUCGAAAUAAAAUUUAUUAAGAAAAAGGA